AUGGCUGAAACACGACAAAAUCAACCAACAUUAACACUCAAAGCAUUGUUGGAGAAGGCACAUGACUUCUGGAUCCGCCAGGUACAAGCCGAUGCCUUUGCAAAACAAUUGGAAUUGUUAAAGAAGGAACAACCGCUCUCCCAGAAGGAUGAACUUCUACGUCUACACCCUGCUGUGGACCCCAAGGGCAUCAUAAGAGUCAACGGUCGCAUCGCCAAGGCUGCAAUCUUGUAUGAUGAAAAACACCCCAUCAUACUACCAGCAGGGAGAAUCACCGACCUCAUCAUUGACGACACGCAUCGCCGAACGCUCCAUGGCGGACUCCAGAUAACACUCAGCACGUUGAGACAACGAUACUGGGUCAUCAACGCAAGACGACUCGUGAAAAGCCACAUCCACAAAUGCGUAAAGUGCAUUAGAUUCGAUGGAAAGCCAGCACAUCAAAUUAUGGCAGCGCUGCCACCUCCACGCGUGACUCCAUCCCCGCCAUUCACCCACACAGGGAUGGACCAGUGGGCCAGUGAAUUAUCCGACUACUCCACCAAGAAGUUCCUGGCUGCAUCAGACCGCUUCACAUCAUGCCGAGGGCUCCCAUUUGAUCUUUACAGCGACAACGGGACCAAUUUCCAAGGAGCAGAGCGCGAACUACGCGAGAAAAUGGACCAACUCGAGCAGAAUGAGGAGCUGAGAAGCACCAUCGCAACGAGGAAAAUCGCGUGGCGUUCCAUACCACCCAGCUCACCGCACUUUGGUGGAUUAUGGGAAGUAGGAGUGAAAUCAGUAAAAACCUUGCUGAAAAGACUCCUGGACGAGCGUACACCAAGAUUCGAGGAAUGA